AUGGUGCUGGUAUUGGCCCUGGGGGAUAUGCACAUACCCCACAGGGCGCCUGAUAUUCCUGCGAAGUUUAAGUCAAUGCUUGUGCCUGGGAAGAUCCAGCACAUCAUUUGUACUGGAAACUUGUGUAUUAAAGAAGUCCAUGACUACCUAAAGACUCUUUGUCCCGACUUGCAUAUAACUCGUGGUGAGUAUGAUGAAGAUUCAAGAUAUCCGGAGACCAAAACACUAACCAUUGGCCAAUUUAAGUUGGGGCUAUGCCAUGGUCAUCAGGUUAUUCCAUGGGGAGACCUAGACUCACUGGCCAUGUUACAGAGACAGCUUGAUGUAGACAUCCUUGUCACAGGUCACACCCAUCAGUUUACCGCUUACAAACACGAGGGCGGCGUGGUUAUAAAUCCAGGUUCUGCAUCUGGUGCCUACAGCAGCAUCACCUAUGAUGUGAACCCGAGUUUUGUGCUAAUGGACAUUGACGCUCUGCGUGUCGUGGUCUAUGUAUAUGAACUUAUUGAUGGAGAGGUCAAGGUUGACAAAAUUGACUUUAAGAAAACAUCCGCAAGCGUCCCUGCUCUUUGA